AUCGGGUUUUGUUGGAAAUAUGAUACCUUGUUUUUCGGCAAAGGCAGGCGGGGUGGAAGCAAAGGGGGGAAAUGGAAAGCGGGGGGAGGAGAGAAAAAAAUUCCGAGGUGGUUAAUUCAAAGUGGAGGAGGAAGGAAGGAAGAGAUGGGAAAGACAAUUGUGUCUGGUUUUUUAUCGCAAAAGACAAGACCGAGUCUUUUUCCAUUCCAUCUACUAUAUCCAGACUCUGAGAGGUUUAUUUACUUCAAGCUACCUAAGAAAAAAAGUGGGAAAUCCGUGUGCAUUGUUCAAUAUUUUUGUGUUUUAUCUUCUAUUACAAGUGAGAUGUUGGUAGUGAUGUCAUUACUGGGAUUUUUUGCUUGUUUGCUACUUGUCGUCCUGUGUGUUGAAACAAAAUCCAUCGGGAUUCCCGUUUUUUUUAGUCCCUCGUAUUCUUGA